GAUUUUUUUUUGGCAGGAAGAGAUGAAGGCAUUUUCUGGAUGAAGAUAGUCGGCCUCAUAUCAGGCGGCAAGGACAGCUGCUACAAUUUGAUGAAAUGCAUUGAGCAUGGCCAUGAGAUUGUCUGCUUGGCCAAUUUAUACCCGUCGCCAAGUGGACAGGAAGAGAUCGAUAGCUACAUGUAUCAGUGUGUCGCCUCCAAUGGUGUUCAGCUGUACAGCGAAGCCACGGAUUUACCGUAUUAUGGACGUGAAAUUAAAGGAAGGCCGAUAGAGGUUGGAGCUGAUUACGAACCAACUCGGUGCGAUGAAGUUGAAGAUCUGUAUGAAUUGCUUGCUUUCAUUAAGCGGAAGCAUCCCGCAAUUCAAGCUGUCUCCAGUGGUGCAAUUUUGAGUAGCUAUCAAAAAAAUCGUAUUGAAAAUGUUUGCCAAAGGCUGAAUUUGCAAUCCCUCACUUACCUGUGGAACUUGGACCAGGCGUUCCUCUUCGAUCAGAUCAUUUCGUCCGGCAUUGAAGCAAUUGUGGUUAAAGUUGCAGCGCUUGGAUUAUCCAAGAAUCAUCUCGGAAAACCAUUAAAAGAGAUGAGAAGUAUCCUGCUCGACCUGAACAAUCGUUAUGGUGUUCACAUUUGCGGCGAAGGAGGCGAAUAUGAAACAUUUGUUUUGGAUUGCCCGCUUUUCAAAAAAAAGAUUGUCCUGGAUGAAGCAACAGUCGUGGAUCAUUCCGUGGACGAUUUUGCGCCGGUCGCUUACUUAUCGCUUUGUAAGCUACAUCUGGAGAAUAAAUGCUCCUAG